UUCAGGAUUGCAAAGCUUCCAUUUCGAACUUCCGGCAAAUCCUGAGUGACAUGGGCAAGCCAUGCACUGGCACGAAGAACACAUUUUGAGAUUUAUCGAAAACUACUAGCCAUUUAAAACCCUAACGAACAGUAACACUUGAACAUGGCAAGUGAUGGUGUAGAAGCAAGCAAAAAGCCACUUUUCCGUGACAUAACGGCUGAUGAAGAUGAGCCUGAGAUCACAGAGAUUGAGAGCCUGUGUGUAAACUGCGAGGAGCAGGGCAUGACUCGCCUCUUCCUGACUAAAAUACCUUUUUUUCGUGAGGUUAUUGUGUCAUCCUUUACAUGUGACCACUGUGGAUUUCGUAAUGCAGAACUGCAGUCUGGGGGUCGUAUUCAAGAUAAAGGUGUCCAAUACUCAGCUAUCAUAAAAACUCCUCAGGAUUUGAAUCGUCAAGUCGUUCAGACAGAAUUUGCAACAAUCCGCAUUCCAUGUCUAGACUUUGAAGCUCCUUCAAAAAAGGGUUCACUGACAACUGUAGAAGGUAUCAUUUCUAGAGCUGUUGAAGACCUGGAGCAGGGGCAGCAACUUCGUCAGAUUGAAUCUCCUGAGAUGGCCAGCAAGAUUGCUGAAUUCCUAAUAAAGAUGAGAGGCCUUCUGGCUCUUUCUGAACCGUUUGAACUGGUGAUUGAUGAUCCAUCAGGGAACAGCUUUUUGGAAAAUCCUCACGCACCCAAACGUGACCCAGACAUGAAGAUCACUCACUACACUAGGACACGACAGCAGGAUGUUGACCUAUGUAUUGUCAGUGAGGAGAGUGACAUAAAGGAAGAUGAGGUGAUAGGUGUGAAGGAUGGCGACUUCAACACUCAGAAUGAAGUGCUGCACUUCAAUGUCAACUGUCCCUCUUGCAAUGCACCCUGUCCCACCAACAUGAAACUUGUCAAUAUUCCAUACUUUAAAGAGGUUGUCAUCAUGGCAACUUGUUGUGAUGCUUGUGGCCACCGUGACAACGAAGUCAAGAGUGGGGGUGGCAUUGAACCUAAAGGUCGCCGCAUAACUCUAGUGAUAGAGAAAAGUGAAGACAUGACUCGAGAUGUGUUAAAGAGUGAGACAUGUGCCAUCCAGAUCCCAGAGCUGGACUUUGAGAUGGACUUUGGGACAUUGGGAGGCAAGUUCACCACAGUAGAAGGUCUCCUGCAAGACUUCAAAGCUCAGCUGGGUGGAGAAAACCCUUUUGUUGGUGGUGACAGUUCACAGUCCUCCACUGUUGAGAAACUACAUCACUUCUGUGAACAGCUGGAUCAGAUUAUUAGUGGGAAAUGGAAAGGAGUGCACUUUAUUCUGGAUGAUCCAGCAGGAAAUAGCUAUGUACAGAGCUUUGCUGCACCAGAUCUCGACCCUCAGUUGACAGUCGAAGACUAUGAGCGCAGCUUCGAACAGAAUGAAUUUCUUGGUUUGAAUGAUAUGAAGACAGAGAACUAUGAGCAGAGCUGACCUUUCACUCAUUGUGGCCUCAGAUAACAAAUGUACUACAGAAUAAUGACACAAAUCCACACAACCUAGAUGUGUGCCAACGGUGUUAGUGCCCAACUCACAGCAACAGCUCUAUCUUGGUGUUUUCCUUGGUGCAGAUUCUCAGACAUGCACCAAGCUUAACAAAGUUCCCUUUCCAGUGAUCUGUGUAAGGUACUACAUGUGCUUACAAUCCUACUUUAGAAAUCAUUAUCUGGCUGUGUUUUGUACUGCAGAAUCCAAUGCCACUGUCAUUUUGAGAGGAAAAUAAAAGUUUUGUUUACUAACUAG